AUGGCAGGAGUUGUGGGCGACAGCCAGCUCUUCGAGGACACCUUCCAGGUGACCAACUACGACCAGAGCAAGUAUGAUCGAGUGGCGCGCAUCUUUGCGACAUCCAACGAUGCGCAGACAGUGAUGGAGCUUGACAUCAACAUCGAGCUGUUCCCCUGCAACGUUGGCGACAACCUCCAGAUCGUGAUCGCCACGUCGCUGCAGCUAGACGGCAGCCGGGACGACGACAAGGGCUGGCGCGACAUCACCCGCCCAGGCGCCGAGCCCACCAUUGCCGACAUGUUCGACUAUGUGUGCCACGGCAAGAUCUACAAGUUUGACGACGGCGCGGAUGGACAAACUAUUAAGGCAUACAUCUCGUUCGGUGGCCUGCUCAUGGCCAUUGAGGGCCCUUACAAGAAGCUGACUCCUCUGAGAGUAGACAACUGCUAUCUUCUCAUCAAGAAAUGA